CGGACUACCUAGAUGACCAACGGGACUUGUCGGCAGCGACCUCUGGAUUCUCCCAGAGACUGUACCAGAAAGUGGCACUGGGCUUACCAAGUAUGGUCUACUCACCUUACAGCGUCCAUUCGGUAUUGGCAAUGACGUCAUUAGGCGCCAGAGGAAAAACAGCUACAGAAAUGAAACAGGCGCUUGGGAUUACAUCUCUUGCUGACAAUACUCAUGAGAUUUAUAAGAAACUUAUUUCGGAUAUGAACUCUGUACCGGAUGUGAAAUUAAACACAGGAAACGCCAUUUUUGUGAACCCUGCAUACGAAAUCGUGCCUCAAUUUGUGGCUGAUGUUGAGAGCAAGUACUUCGCCAAGGCUGGUAACAUUGACUUGUCUGCCCCUGGGGGACCAGAGGAACCAAUCAACACCUACGUGGCAAAUGCUACAGGAAAUAUGAUACAAAAUCUCCUUCCAAAAGGUUCAAUUGAUUCAAUGACCGUGAUGCUUCUGAUCAACACCAUUUUCUUCAAUGGAACCUGGAGAUUUCCCUUCCCCAAGUACAGAACGUUUAGACGUCCUUUUUAUAGUUUGGAUGGGGGAAUCAGCUCGGUCGACAUGAUGAGAGAUGACAUGACCAUUAAAUACAAGAAAGAUAACUCUAUUGGGAUAGAGGUAGUCGAGUUGCCCUUCAAUGGUGAAAGAUUCCAUUUUUACAUAGCUCUACCAGAGAAGGUGAAUGGUAUCAAAGGUUUAGAAAAAUUUCUAGCAACGCCAGGAAAUGUCGAUACACUGUUCGGUGGACUUAGCUCUGAACACUUGGAUGUCAGCAUUCCAAAGUUCAAGACUGAGACAACUUUAUACCUGGUUCAACCUCUGAAAGAUAUCGGCAUGGUGGAGGCUUUCAUACCUGGUUACGCCGACUUUACUGGAAUCAGAAGAAAAGGUGAAGUUUUUAUCAGCCAGGUCAUUCACAAUGCCAUCAUUGACGUCAAAGAAACAGGAACUGUCGCUGCUGCAGCUACAGCUGUGCAAGUGAGAAAGCAAGUGAGAAUGGCCUCUGUACCGAAUACAAGAUUUGUUGCUGACCAUCCUUUCCUCUUCUUUAUUAGAGACGAAUUGACCCAACAAAUUUUGUUUCAAGGAAAAUUUUCCGGAUAA